GUGAUUAACACAUUUUCAAAAUCAUUUAAUGUUCCUUACUGCCACCCAGGCUUCUUUCACCCUUAUACACUUCGUCACUGGCAUCGCAAAGGUAAAAUUGCAGCAUUUCAUUCACCAGGUG